AUGCCACAGUCUGUAGAUACCGAUACCUUCCAUGACAGCAAUAGUCAACACGUCCGAGCUACUUCCGACGUUCGGGGUAGGAAUUUCAAUCAGAGCUCAACGGAAGAUGAGACCUCAAACUCCAACCACCAAGCUGUGCUUCGCCAACCUGCAGCAAAGUUGUGUAAUCGUCUGGUGUCAUAUCGAGAUAUUCGAUGCAAGGAUACCGACAGUUGGGCAAUAGAAGAAGGAUCAGUCGUUAUCGGAAUCGAUCCAUCUCUGGUCCGUAUCCGACAAGACAAUCGAGAUGCAGAUGAACUCCGUCUGAGGUUGGGGAAUUUCUAUGUCAUCGGUCGCAUGUUCUCAGACAUGUGGGCUUGGUGCUUUGAGAUUGCCGUUGAUCUUCCUGGGAAUUACCAGAUGCGUGCCAAUGAAGGCAUUCAAGUUGGAUUCGUACCACUUUGCGCCGUAACUCUUGCGGCCAACUUCAGCUCUUUUUUGCAGAGGUGCCAACGCAAUAGAAACCGAUCUUAUUCUGGUUCUUUGUACCCUGGAAAUGGUCUGGUCGUCGAACCACCUCAGCGAGACUGGAGUACUGUUGCAAGCCGAGAGCUGUCGAGGGUGGAACGUCUCAACCUACCAUCUGCAGUACAAUUCCCGAAGGCUGUGAAAAUGAUUUAUGAAACUUUUACAUCUCUGGAUAAUCCUGGGACUGAAUAUGUGCCUUGGGAUUCGAGUGUCCAGAUUUUACUCUCCCAACUCAGCAACGAUGCCAACAGACAAUCCCGAACGAAGAGAAGAAACAGUUGGCUCGGUCCAAAGACACUUUUGACUCCCUUCUUUGGUUCUCCAAAGCAAUUCCCGUCUCAUAACCAAGAACCAUCUACUGCAAGUAGUCUAACCCACCACUUGGGAACCUCAGACUCCGAAUUGAACCCCCCCUCCGACAAGGAGGUAGCAUCUGUCUCGCAGAAGACACCACAACGAGAGAACAGUUCGCGUUCCCUCAGCUACAGUCUGAAGCGCUUGAUCAGCAAGUCUAGCGGGAAAACACAUCGGGAGUGA